GACAUGAUCCACCUUUGUCUGCUGACACUUGUCGUUUCCUCCGAAACGCCAUCCUAUGAUCAUGUCUUCCCAAUCUCACUUCCUCACAUAUCAACUUACCAUCAACCUAUUUUUCAAUUAACCCAUUUUCAUUCAUUUUUGCUAUCAUCUUCAAUCCCUCAACUAAAUCACUUAAUUUCGCUGUUCAUCCACUUUGUUUAAAGAAUACUACUUCGAAUUCUGAAAAAUGAUCUUGAAAGCUUCUAUAUUCAUCAUUUUCAUCACUCUUUUUGUUCACUGGGAAACCUCAGAAGCUGAAGCUCAGGGUGAUAUUGGACGAGCCAAUUUGCCACCAAGAGGUUGGAACUCUUAUGACUCGUUUUGUUGGACCAUCUCCGAGGAAGAGUUUCUUAAGAAUGCAGAACUUGUAGCACAACGAUUAAAACCUUAUGGUUAUCAGUAUGUUGUGGUGGACUUUCUUUGGUAUAGGAAGAAAAUAAUGGGUGCUUAUACUGAUUCUUAUGGUUAUGAUGUCUUUGAUGAGUGGGGAAGGAUGCUUCCUGACCCUGGAAGAUGGCCUUCCUCUCAAGGUGGAAAAGGAUUUUCUGAAGUGGCCCAAAAGGUUCAUAGCAUGGGCCUGAAAUUUGGGAUUCAUGUAAUGAGAGGUUUAAGUGUGCAAGCAUUCAAUGCUAACACCCUCAUAUUGGAUACCACUACGGGCAAAGCUUAUGAGGAGGCUGAUCGGCAAUGGCGUGCACAAGAUAUAGGAAUUAAGGAGAGGACUUGCUCAUGGAUGAAAAAUGGUUUCAUGAGUGUGAAUACCAAGUUGGGAGCUGGAAGAGCAUUUCUUAGGUCACUUUAUCAAAAUUAUGCUGACUGGGGUGUUGAUUUUGUGAAACAUGACUGUGUAUUCGGUGAUGACUUGGAUUUACAUGAAAUUAAAGUUGUUUCAGAGGUAUUAAAUGAGCUUAACCGACCUAUCAUAUAUUCCUUGUCCCCUGGAACUAAUGCAAAACCAAUCAUUGCGAAGGAAGUAAGUGGUUUGGUCAAUAUGUAUCGGAUAACCGGGGAUGACUGGGAUACUUGGAAUGAUGUGUCUGUCCACUUCAACGUUGCGAGGGACUUCACUGCUGCUAACUUAGUAGGAAUCAAGGGCCUGAAGGGGAAAUCGUGGCCCGACUUAGAUAUGCUACCACUUGGAUGGCUAUCGGAUGCAGGUUCAAAUAAAGGUCCACACAGAUAUUCUAGGCUUAAUCUGGAUGAGCAACGUACUCAGGUGACUCUAUGGUCCAUGGUCAGGUCCCCUCUCAUCUUUGGUGGAGAUAUGAGACAGCUUGACGAUGCUACAUUUAGUCUUCUUACAAAUCCUACUCUUUUGGAGAUUAACUGGUUUAGCUCAAACAACAUGGAGUUUCAUUAUGUGACAGGUUCUUUGAGUUCAUCUGGGAAACAUGGCUUGACUCACCAUAACAAGGAUAAAGAAAAAAUAAAUGUGUUGGAGAUGAGAGUUUUGACUCUAAGGAGCUGCAAAGAUGUAAAUGCAAAUGGUUGGUCUACCAAAGUUCUUGACAAUGAUCUAGAGCAAGUAUGCUGGGAAGAGAACUCAAAUAAACGCAAGGCACGUUUUUGUCUAUACAAGAGAGAAGCACUUUCAGCAUCAGAAGGGGAGAUGGUAUAUAAGCACCAAAAUCACGGGAAACCUCACUUAUUGGUAACAGAGAGAACAGAAUUUUGUUUUGGUGCAUCUUCAAAUAAAAAGCUUACAGCUAAAGAGUUGAGCAGAGGUUCAUUUUCACGGUGCAGAUCACAUGCCAAUCAGAUGUGGGAGUUGAACUUGAACGGAACCCUUACAAAUAGUUAUUCUGGUCUUUGCGCUACCAUGGAUCUUGUCAAAGCUUCUUCUGGUGGAGUUAGGUCCUGGCUUGCAACUGGAAGGAGAGGAGAAAUCUACUUGGCGUUUUUCAAUUUAAACAAUCAGGCGACACAAAUGUCAGCAAAAAUAUCAGAGAUAGCCAAUGCAAUUCAUGCUACAAGUUCAAUCUGCAGUGGCAGAGAAGUAUGGAGUGGCACAAAUCUUGGAGCCAUAAAGGAUUCAAUACGCACGUCAGUAAAAGCUCACGGCUGUGCACUGUUUGUCUUGAACUGCAGAUAAAUGUUGGAUUAUACACUUGAGGAAGUUCUACAUCCACGUUGUCUAUUCAUCUUUUGUACAACUGUUGGAUCCUUUAGUGAGACGAAAUAAUAAUAUCCUUGUCUCUUUUUUAAAA